AUGCGGGUGCGUUUCGUGGCUACGGUAACCUCGCUAUCGUUGCCGCCUUCCGAGACGGGAGUCUUCGAAGCCAUCGGUGCGCACUCCUGCGCCGGGGGACCCACGGUGUACGUGGUGACACCCACAUACCGGCGGGCCACCCAGGCCCCCGACCUGGUCAGGCUUUCACAGGCGCUCAUGCUGGCAGAGGUUCGCAUCUUCUGGGUCGUCGUCGAGGAUGCCGAACGGCCGUCCACGUUGGUUCAAAAAAUAAUGCGCCGGUCAGGGCUGGCCGGCGUUCAGCUGGCCAGUCGGACUCCCCCGGAAUUUCGUGCACCGAAAUAUGGCAGGGGCGUCGCCCCUCGCCUGAAGGCGAUAGCGUGGCUGCGAGCCAACGCCGUGUUGCCCUCUGUCCUGUACUUCGCCGACGACGACAACUCGUACGACCGCCGCCUCUUCGCCCAGAUUGCCCAGGUUCAGCGGGUUGGCGUGUUUCCCGUGGGGAUGAUAGAUCAACAAAACUUCAGCUCUCCCGUGGUGUCGCCCGACGGCCGGGUGGUAGGCUUUCACGACCAGUACCUGAUUACAAGGGCCUUCCGCGUGGACAUGGCCGGGUUCGCCGUCAACAUGUCGCUAGUCCUGUCCAGCGCCAACCCAACCAUGCCCUACAAGCGAGGCCAUCUCGAGAACGCGUUCCUCGAGAGCCUUGGCGUCACUGUCGACGACUUGGAGCCACUGGCAAACAACUGCACCGAGGUAUAUUUUUAGGUUGCAGAUUUUUUUUUCACUCUAAAAAAAAAAAAGCUGAUGUUGUAACCGUGCGCACAGUCAUGUUAGCAAGCAGCUAUAGUGCGCAUGCCAGGACAUCCUAAUAUGAGCGGCUAUGUCCGAUGGUAAAGGGCUCUUCUUUCCUUGAAACAUUUCCGCGCACUGCGCAUGCACGUGAAACUGGGAGGGGCUUUCUGCGCCCACGUCAGCUCUGGCGAUACGUACGCUACACUGGUUCUGCGAGAAGUGCAUUCUGGGGGAAACCGUUGUGAGGAAGCUUUAGUUAGGAGUCAACUCCUAACUACUUAUUCAAAUACGGAUAAAAUUCAGGAAUGCCUUUCAGAGACAACCACUGGACUGAUUCGAAUAAAAUUUAUUGCAGCUGAGAGAAACAAAAAUUGAAAUAUCAGAACUGUAGCAUGCAGAAUUUUGAUUUAGCGGAAGUUGGUAAGU